CUAAUCCUAACACAACACACGCCUCAAAUUUUAUCCUAAUCCUAACACAACACACACCUCAGACCUCCAUACAGCCGCCGCACCCUCCUUACACCUUCUUCACCAACGAAACACGCACACACGCAGAGAGAAUGAGAAGAAGAGAAGAGAGGAGAGGAGAGGAGAGGAGAGGAGAGCAAGGAGAGGAAGGAGAUAGCGCCGACGGCGCUGGAAGCCGCCGUUGCCAUCGCCAUCGCUGUCGAAGAGCCAGAGGAAAAGAGAGCGAGCGAGAGUUAGAGAAGGAAGAGAGAGGGAGACGUGGAUGGAGGAGCUCCCGCUGGAAGGGGUCUUCAUCAUCGCCGUCGAUGGAGGACGCUGCCGAGGAGCCCGAGGAGAGAAGGGGCCGCUUUUGCCGCCGUCGCGCUCCGCUGGUGCCACCAAGCUGUCGUCGCUGUUUCGUCAUCGCCGUCGUGGAAGCCCGCGUCACCGUUGUUGAGCUGUUGCGCCGCCGUCGAGCUGUUGUGCCACCACAGGAGCUGCCAGAUGCUUCUGUCACUGCUACUCCCGUUGCCGUUGUCGUCAAUAGAGCUCGCCGUGGCUGGAGGUGAACCGGUGUCGCGUCCUUGCAUCCAGAGCCACCAUCGCCAUUGCUACUCCUCAAAUUUUGCCUCUGUUCUAUUAGAGUUUGCUAUCUCAGCCCCUUUGAAGCUACCGCUGGUUCUGUUCUUGCCGGUGAGGGCCAUCGGAGCUGCUGCUACUCCAUUCCUUCUUUCCUCUUUAUUACAGGUUGAGUUUUUUUUAUUGCAUACUACGUUUGUGGCUGUCGCUGCUGCAGAAAGUCAUCGGAACCAUUGGAACUGCAGUUGUUAUUGUCAUGUUGUUGGGUUUCGACUAACCAAGUGGACAAGUUUGAGGUUGAGGAUUCCCAUUUUUGUCGCAUCGGGGAAUAGGAUAGAAGGUUCAAGAUUUCCUUCAGUUCAAUUUUCAACUGUGGUGAGGAUGGUGGUUUUAUCCCGUUCACGGUUUGAGGAUAAUUAUCCUUGUGAUAAAUGUGAAAAGAAUGAAUUAUGAUUAUGACGAGGUUUGGUUAUAUAUAAUUGUGGAUUUGAUUAUGUUUGAUUGUGAUUAUGGUUGAAAUGAGAUUAUGAUUGAUGUUGUGGGGACGGAGGUUUAUCCCGCCCACGGUAUGAACGGUGGCGUGGUCCUGCUCACGAGAUAAUGAAAUUGAUUAAAGUCAAUGAUUAUAACUGAUUGUGGUAUGAAUGACUGAUUUGGCUAGGACGGAGGUUUGUUCUACUUGCGUGGCAAGGUGUAGGAUUCGUCCCGCUUGUGUAUUGGUCUGGCACCCGCACCAGGAAAGGUCAGAGGUUCCAUCCCGCUUGUUCGUGGUUGCGGUCUGAUGUAGGGAUGGUGGUCUCAUCCCGCCUAUAUUCUCUCUGUCUGCAAGGUGGUAAGGCACUAAUCCCUCGAUCUGUAUGGCACGGCCUCACAGAGAAAGGUGGUAGGGUACUUUUCUCCGAUUUAUUUCUAUUAUUGUAUGCUUCCAGGAGAAGGUGGUAGGGCACUCAUUGCUCGAUUGUAUGCCUCUUGGGAAUGCACAGAAGAAAGACGGUAUCUGGGUUAGCUACUGAAUUUUUCGGGUUCUGUCACUUUAACUGACAAGUGAGCUCACGGCUAGUAAGAUAGGCAUGCAUCAUACUGCAUUUGUUUGAAAUUGUUUGGGUCUGCAUAAUUACUUGGUUUGUCUAAUUGAUAUUCUGUUAAUUGCUAAUUGUACUACUUGUCAUAAUUAUUCUCUGUGUUUGAUUGUUUGUUUGAUUACUUGUAAUUGUGACUUGUUGGUUCAGAUUAUGGUGAAGUGUUGUGGUGUAAUUUAGGCUGGAGGCCAAAAUUGUUUAGGGCAGAAGCCGUGAUUGGAUAAGUUAUAUGCCCCGGUAAGUUUGGUGAAAAUUGAUAUGUAUGGAUUUGUUUAUUGAGGUUGGAAUCCGUGUGAAAUUGGAUUUGGGAUGAUUAAUUGUUAUUGUUCGAAGAGUUGUAUGAAGACAGGAUUUUUAAAAAUGGGAUUGAUGAGGGUUAUGGCCUAAAGUUGACAUAAAUCGAAGUUUUGAUGAUUUUUUGUCUUGGAUGGAAUUAAGAAUUAAAGAUAAUUAAAUUAGCGAAAAGAUUCAUAAGACGAGCAAUGAUCACUGCUGUUAAACGAAUUUUUCUUAUAUAUAUAUAUAUAACAAUUCUGAAAUUCCUCUGAUGAGACCGUGUGGUUAGGUUCUCACCCCCUGUAGUCCUAUCUUUUUUAGAAAACGGACGAGAAAGCUUAUGAAGAGAUUACUAUGCAUUUGAUUGUGCUUUAUUGCUGUAUUAUUUUAGAUAUUUUUCCUCGCCUUUGUUAUUGUUAUUUACAUUUGUAAAGAGGGAUAGGAGUUUGUGAUUUUAUGAUAUGUUUGUAUAGUACUUGUGUAUACUAUUUAUAUAUAUAUGUAAGUGCUGUAAUGAUGAGAAUAUAUGUAUGUAUGUACAUAUAAAAGAAAAAUGUUUCCGGUUUCCAAAAAAAAGUUUCUAAGGAUUUUAGGUAAAGGUUCCUACUUUAUAUAUAUAUAGAAGUGGUUGUAAUGUCCUCGCUAUUAGAGUGGUGUAGUCGGAAGCGUGACAUUCCGGUAGUAAGGGUAUUACAACCUACAUUACUUAUAAAUUGGAACUAUAUAAAUAAAAUGUACUAAAUCAAAAGUAUGUGUUUUCCUCUUUUGAUGGACUUUUUGGUAUGAGCUCAAAUAACGUUCAGGAGCGGUUACCACAAAAUGAUGUUAACAUCCCCGAGAACUCUGCAAUACUAGGUCCACAAAAUAACCGUCUUUUACCACAAUAACUAUAAAAAGAAGAAACCCGAAAAGGAGGAGGUAAGCUAUUCAUUCUGAAUAACAUUAUACUCAUCUUUUACUUUUACUUACUUGAGCGUUAGAGUGUCUUUUCAAGUGCACUCCACCGCCGUUUCCCUUGAAGCCGACAGAUACCUCUUUCAUUUCAGGCAAAGAAGAGCUUAAUCCCUGAACAAGAUGAAUUAUACCUACUGCUUAGACUUACUAUGCAGGAACAUUUGGCCCCAUCAUAGGGCACGAGUUUAAAUCUAACCCCACUAUCAUUUUUUCUACCUGAUUUUUUACCUUUUUUUUGUAGGUUAUAAUCAAUGGCGGAAUAGCGAAAUAAUCCACCUCCUCCUAUUGAGGCUGAAUUAUUGGCUAUCAAUGAGUCGUUGAGAGCAGAAGUUCAGCGGGAGACUGAGUUAUUAAACCAGAAACAGAAUGGUCGAAGUGAUGAAAAACAGAAAAAUCCAAAUAAUUGUGACGAUGACGACCUUCAUACUUCAGAAGUCAAGACCAUGGUGGUAGUCACCCCAAAGUUGUUAGUAAAAAGAAUCAAUUCUUUUUUGAAAGAAAUUACCAGCUUUCAAAUGCCCAAGAACUUCACUCUGCCAACAACAUUGAAACUUUAUUAGGAAUUUUAAGGAGGCUCUUCACUCUGCCAACAACAUUGAUUAUGAUAUUCUUGAUUUGAACCUUGCUAUUGUUACUUGUUAAUUUUUUUUUUGGUGGUGUAUCAUUAUAUCUAUGUUGAGAUUAUUGGAUUGUUUCAGAAUUUUUGAUAUACUGUGGUUGUAUUAAUUGAUUCUGAUAUUCUUGAUUCGAA